AUGGCCAGCACACUGCAGUUCCUGGUUUGUCUGGUGGCGACCAUUUAUCUCCUGUGGGUCACUGCAACACAACACCAUGCAGGGCAGCCAACAGACAGUGCAAGUGUGAGAGAUGGCCUGCAGGAGCCAGAGGACCCGGAAGUGAUGUUUGAGCUGCUGUGGUCUGGGCUGGAGCUGGAUGUCAUGGGGCAGCUGCGCCUCCAGGAUGAAGAGUUAGCGUCCACACGUCCAGGCCGCCGACUCAGGCUCCUUCUGCGGGACCAUGUGCCCAGUGACUUAGAAAGUGCUGGGCAGCAUCUGCAGCGGCUCCAGGACCUGCACAAUGGGCCUCCUCUUAGCCCUAGAGACUUUGAACAUCUGCUCCUCACCACCCUGUCCUGCAUCUACCGGGUCCAUGCAGCUAAUGAAACUGAAGAGAGUGGUCGCUGGGUCCAGGUCUUCACCUACCUGGCACAGGAAACACUCUGGGACCUGUGCAAGGGCUUCUGCAAGGGCCAGUUCCCUUCAGUGUGGCCUUGAAUUUCCAUCCUUGU